AUGUCCACUCCUGCUCGCUCAGUGAUUGAUGCUGCUGCUGACUUGUUUCUUGCUUUAUCUACUCUCGAUCACUCUCCCACAGUCAUCACUCUUGCUCAAUUCAACCUCGCUCUCGACCUACUCAGCACUACAUUAUCCACUAUUCACAUUACAGAAUCUAUUCCUUCUCUUUUAUUAUCAACUUCUGAACUUGAUGCAUUAGAUGAAGCAGGUGUUCGUUUAUGGAACGAAAUAGUUCGUCGCAAGUCAGAAUGUUCCAUCAGUCUGCUAGACAACGAUCAGGAAUCAUCCGUGAUUUCUCAUCCCGUUGUGUAUGGCUUAGAGUCAGUUGUUCAAGCUCAAGUGCAUAUUAAUUUUGCCGAUAUGCAUAUGAAAUGCGGCAAAGCAUGGUUAGCUGCCAACAGAUCGGAUGAUUCAGAGAGAGAAUUCAAUUUGGCAUUGCAAGUUAGUAUCAAGUUUUGUCUAGUCGCGUCGCUGGAAUCAAAUGUGUAG